CCGAGGCGGUCACCGAGGAACGCGGUUUCCCUCACGGCCCCGAGCCCCGUCUGCCUUCCCUCUUGCCCGGGACAGCUGCUCCAUAGGGCGGGACGGUUUCCCCGGCUGGGACGGCUUCCCCGGGCCCCGUCAGCUUUUCCACAGCCUGGGCUCGGCCGGUAUUUCCCCGCCCCGGCCCUCCCUAGCGUUGAGGCGGGCGGAAGGAGCGGCGGCCGGAGCGGCUCCUCCUUCUCCUUCUCCUCCUCCCAUCUUGCCACCCCUUCCUAGAGCGACCGAGCUGUCAGGAGGGGCGGCGGCUGCGGCUCCUGAGGAUCCUCGCUCUUUGCAAUGAAUUAUCCUGGCUACCCCCCAGCAGGUGGAUAUCCCCCAGCAGCCCCAGGUGGCAAUCCUUGGGGUGGUGCUGCCUAUCCACCCUCAAAUCCACCUUCAAAUCCACCUCCAAUUGGUCUGGAAAAUGUGGCUGGCUAUGCCAGUCAGUUCAAUCCCAACCAGAUGGCUGGAAUGGCAUCCAACCUGGCAGGGACCUUUGGAGGGACAAAUGCACCACAAGGCAUGUAUCCUUCAACACCUGGGGGUUAUCCUCCAAUCCCUCCAGGUGGCUUUGGGCAACCUCCACCAGGACAACAGCCCUCUUAUGGAGGAUAUCUUCCACCUGGAGGAAAUCCACCAUCAGGAAUGCCAGCUUACUCAGGAUAUGGAGGCAGCCCUGUGCCAGGCCAGCCCACCCCACUGCCUGGUCAGCAGCCUAUGGGCUAUGCAGGACAACCACCAGCACCUUUCCCAGGGCAGCAGCCUCUGCCAAGUUUUCCACCAGGCCCAGCUGUGAAUCCAUCUGUGCCCCCUUACUCAGGACCUACAGGGCCUACAGUCCCUCCUGUAACACAUGGCAACCGAGGCACAAUCACAGAUGCACCAGGAUUUGACCCUCUGAAGGAUGCAGAAGUCUUAAGGAAGGCCAUGAAGGGAUUUGGAACUGACGAGCAGGCGAUUAUCGACUGCCUGGGGAGCCGCUCAAACAAACAAAGGCAACAGAUCCUCCUCUCCUUCAAAACAGCUUAUGGAAAGGAUUUGAUCAAGGAUCUCAAGUCUGAGCUGUCAGGUAACUUUGAGAAGACUAUCUUAGCAAUGAUGAAGACACCUGUCAUGUUUGAUGCUUAUGAAAUCAAGGAAGCUAUAAAGGGCAUUGGAACUGAUGAAAAUUGCCUCAUUGAAAUCUUAGCUUCUCGCAGUAAUGAGCAUAUUCAGGAACUCAACAGGGUCUAUAAAACAGAAUUUAAGAAAACUCUGGAGGAAGCAAUAAAAAGUGACACAUCUGGACACUUCCAGAGGCUUUUAAUUUCACUUGCUCAGGGCAACAGAGAUGAAAGUAAUAAUGUUGACAUGGCUCUUGUCCAAAAAGAUGUGCAGGACCUUUAUGCAGCUGGAGAGAACCGUUUGGGAACUGAUGAAUCCAAAUUCAAUGCCAUUCUGUGUGCAAGGAGCAGGGCUCACCUCACAGCAGUCUUCAGUGAGUACCAGAGGAUGUGCAACCGGGACAUAGAGAAAAGCAUUUGCCGGGAAAUGUCUGGAGACCUGGAAAAGGGCAUGCUGGCAGUGGUUAAGUGCCUCAAGAAUACACCGGCCUUUUUUGCAGAGAGAUUGCAGAAGGCAAUGAAGGGGGCAGGAACAAAAGACAGAACUCUGAUCAGAAUCAUGGUGUCCCGCAGUGAGGUUGACCUCCUGGACAUACGUGCAGAGUACAAGAGGAUGUAUGGCAGAUCCCUCUACUCAGAUAUCACUGAUGACACUUCAGGAGACUACAGGAAAAUCCUACUCAAAUUGUGUGGUGGAAAUGACUAAAUGGAGCAUUGAGCUUUUCUUUAGAAAGCUGCUAUUUUCAUGGUUUUUCUUUAAAGCUUCUUUUUAUUUUUUAUUUUUUCCUCCAAAAGUAAAUACAUAAUGACCUGUUUCUCCUAAAGCAAUUAAAUUUUUUAAAGAUAGUCUUGCAUGUAUCUUCCCUUCAGGUCAAAAAUAGUAGGUAAUAAAUGCCCCAAAAUUGGAAAUGUCAAGCUCAUGUGCCAUCUGCUGAGGAUUUUGUAUUGUAUUCUUAGAAAUCCAUGAAUGACAGGUCAUUAUUUUUCUUCUGCUUAUCUUAUGCUGUUAUAAUAUGUUUGGUUUAUGGAACAAAAAUCACAGUUGUUGAUUAAAGGCUUUAUUUUGUGUAAACAUUAUGGGCCAUUUUAAAUCAAGUUUUAUGUAUGUUGUGUGCAGAGUUGGUAGCAAACUCCAUGGUAUGUGGAGAGAAGAGCCCUGAGUUUUCAUGUCUAGUUAAGACUGUUCUCAGGGAGCUUUGACAAGUUCUGUUUCCUUUCCUUGGUUGUUCUGAAGGAAGAUAGGUUCCACAUUUCAUUCUCACCAGGGUGACUGUCACAAGGCAGUGCUUGAGUGAAGAUUCUAUAGUUAUGGAUUGUGCCUUAAAUAGAUGUAUCUAAGAAGAAAGUAUGAAAUUAAAGCUGUUUAUCUUGUAA